GUACCACUGCUGCUGGAGGGGACGCAGGCGGUGCCAUUGCAGGGGAGGCGGGGAACAGCAGCCAGUCCCCGCAGCCCGGGCGGCCGCCCCGCCGCGAUGCCAGGUGAUGGGCCGUGGUUGGGGGCUGAACCCUCGGCAGCCCGCUGCGGCUGCCAUGGAGGUGCCCUGGGUGCUGGUGGCUGCCGCUCUGCUCCUGCUGUUGCCCUCUGGCAGGGCUGCUGGGCCGCUGCCCACCCUGGCCCCACCGCUGAGCAUGGAGGUGGCCGGGCAGCACCGGCGGCUGGUGGUCUGCGUGGUGAGCGAGCUGACCCCUGGCUCCGGCCAUGCCGUCUGGAUCUCCGGUGGGAAUGGCAGCAUCCUGCAGUCGUUUUCCUACGGGGCCUCCCAGGAGGACGGUGGAACCAUCUGCACUGUCUCCCUCCUCCCUGAUGACCUCCCAGCUGAGGGGGAUCUCGCCUGCCAUGUGGGGCCCACCACGACCUCCCCGGCCCAGAGCUCCAGCCCCAUCCCCAUCACGGGCAAUGAAGAGGUGGCAGAGCUGUGUCCCAGCAACAUGGCUGUGUGCAAGUACGUGGCAGUGGAGCUGAAAUCUGCUUUCGAGGAGACCGGCAAGACCAAGGAAGUGAUUGACACCAAGUACGGCUUCCUGGACGGGAAGGGCGCUGCCGUCAAGUACACACAGUCGGACAUCCGGUUAAUCGAGGUGACAGAGAACAUCUGCAAGCGGCUCUUGGAUUACAACCUGCACAAGGAGCGGAGCGGCAGCAACAGGUUUGCAAAGGGCAUGUCAGAGACCUUCGAGACCCUGCACAACCUGGUGCACAAGGGCGUCAAGGUGGUGAUGGACAUCCCCUAUGAGCUGUGGAACGAGACCUCCGCCGAGGUGGCUGACCUCAAAAAGCAGUGCGAUGUGCUGGUGGAGGAGUACGAAGACGUGAUCGAGGACUGGUACAGGCACCACCAGGCAGAGGACCUUUCCCAGUUCCUUUGUGCCAACCACGUGUUGAAAGGGAAGGACACAAGCUGCCUGGCAGAGAAGUGGACUGGCAAGAAGGGCGACUUGGCAAGCGUGGGGGAGAGGCAGGGCAAGAAAAAGAGCGGGAAGAAGAAGAAGAAGGGCCGGAAGGAUGAGAGCGAGGGAGCUGAUGGCCUCCCACCCACAGGGGAAGCCCCGGAGGAGAGCGGGGUGCAGGAGGAGGCUCCGCUCACCCACAGCCCAUCCGACGAGCUGUAGGGAUGCA